UGAGCCUUUUGCUGCUUCAAAGGGUAUUUCAAGUUGCCGGAGCUCCUCCCCUCCGCACCGUGUGACAACAACAACUCGUCCAGAGAGCGAGCGAGCGGCGAGCGGCGGCGGCAGCCUGCACUUCCCAGCUCAUUUUCUCUCUGUCAUUCCCCUCUCAAUCUUUGAUCAAUGUACUUGCCAGAGAGAACCGAAGUCCUUCAAACCUCCUCCUUUUCACCUUCGUCUUUAACGUGGUGCUAGAGCAAGGACCACAAAAAGAAACUGCCCUCCCCCCUCCCCUCGGCCCCAGCCCCGCCGCCCGGAGCGGACUUCUCCUCCUCCUCCUCCUCCUCCGUCCCCACUUGCGGGACACUUUGUGCGUUUCUCUCUCUCACUCUGCCCCCUGCUCUCUCGCUCGCCGCAGCACCUGAUCCGGGGUUAUUCCCCUCUUCCUCUCCCCCCUCCUCCCUUCUCCUCUCUUUUCUUUUUUUUUUUAUAUUUUUUUAUUUUUUUUUAAAUUUUUCCCCUUUCCCCUGCGUGUGUGUGUGGGAACUUUCCCCCUCCCACUGCCCCCCUCCGCCGUAUAUGUGACCAUGGCCGUACCGGCUGCUUUGAUCCCUCCGACCCAGCUGGUCCCCCCUCAGCCUCCGGUCUCAACUUCUGCCGCCUGCACCACCACCACCACCACCUCCUCUUCGGCGGCGGCGGCCACCUCCUCUCCGUCUCCGUCCAUCGCUCCCCCGCCGGCCGCUUCGGGGACAAACAUAUUCCGGCCGGAGCCCAUCGCAGCGGCGGCGGCGGCGGCCACAGUCACCUCCUCCACCACCACCACCGGCGGCGGUAACGGCGGCGGCGGCGGCAGCCCCAGCCUGGGCACCGGUACCAGCAGCACCGGCAGCGGCAGCAGCAGCAGCAGCGGCAGCAGCACCUCCGCUCCCAAUGCCAGCGCGGCCAGCGCGGCCAGCAGCCUGCCCGGCAAACCCGUGUACUCAACCCCGUCCCCGGUGGAGAACACCCCCCAGAAUAACGAGUGCAAGAUGGUGGAUCUGAGGGGGGCCAAAGUGGCCUCCUUCACCGUGGAGGGCUGCGAGCUCAUCUGCCUGCCCCAGGCUUUCGACCUCUUCCUGAAGCACUUGGUGGGGGGCUUGCACACGGUCUACACCAAGCUGAAGCGACUGGAGAUCACGCCCGUGGUCUGCAACGUGGAGCAGGUCCGCAUCCUGCGGGGACUGGGGGCCAUCCAGCCUGGGGUCAACCGCUGCAAACUCAUCUCUAGGAAGGAUUUCGAGACCCUCUACAACGACUGCACCAACGCCAGUUCUAGACCGGGAAGGCCUCCUAAGAGGACUCAAAGUGUCACCUCCCCAGAGAAUUCUCAUAUCAUGCCACAUUCUGUCCCAGGCCUAAUGUCUCCUGGAAUCAUCCCGCCAACAGGCCUGACAGCAGCAGCUGCAGCAGCAGCAGCUGCCACCAAUGCUGCCAUAGCAGAAGCAAUGAAAGUGAAAAAAAUUAAAUUGGAAGCUAUGUCCAACUAUCAUGCAAAUAACAACCAGCAUGGAGCAGACUCUGAAAAUGGAGAUCUGAAUUCAAGUGUCGGCAGCAGUGAUGGUUCUUGGGAUAAAGAAAAACUUCAGUCUCCCCCUACCCAGGGAUCACAGUCCUCUGUUAACCACCCCAACUUGCCUGGACAGCAUAAUGUUCCAGUUAGCCAUCCUCUCAACCCUCUUGAACAGAAUCACCUUCUGCCAAAUGGACUGGAACUUCCUUUUAUGAUGAUGCCCCACCCAUUAAUUCCUGUGAGCCUACCUCCAGCAUCUGUCACAAUGGCUAUGAGCCAGAUGAAUCACCUUAGUACCAUUGCCAACAUGGCAGCAGCAGCACAAGUGCAGAGUCCUCCAUCCAGAGUUGAGACAUCUGUUAUUAAGGAACGUGUUCCAGACAGUCCUUCUCCUGCUCCUUCUCUUGAAGAGGGUCGAAGACCUGGCAGCCACCCAUCCUCUCAUCGAAGCAGCAGUGUGUCCAGCUCUCCUGCACGGACUGAGAGCUCUUCAGACAGAAUCCCAGCUGUCCAUCAGAAUGGCCUGUCUAUGAACCAAAUGCUGAUGGGUUUGUCACCAAAUGUCCUUCCUGGACCUAAAGAGGGUGAUCUGGCUGGUCAUGACGUGGGACAUGAGUCAAAAAGAAUACACAUCGAGAAAGAUGAGACCCCACUCUCCACACCAACCGCAAGAGACAGCCUGGACAAACUUUCUCUAACUGGGCAUGGGCAACCACUACCUCCAGGUUUUCCAUCUCCAUUUCUAUUCCCGGAUGGAUUGUCCUCCAUAGAGACCCUUCUGACUAACAUCCAGGGUCUACUAAAGGUUGCUAUAGACAAUGCCAGAGCUCAAGAGAAACAGGUCCAACUGGAAAAGACAGAGCUGAAGAUGGAGCUCUUCAGGGAACGAGAACUGAGGGAAACACUUGAAAAACAGUUGGCUGUGGAGCAGAAGAACAGAGCAAUAAUUCAGAAAAGGUUAAAGAAGGAAAAGAAGGCAAAGAGGAAAUUGCAGGAAGCACUUGAAUUUGAGACUAAACGACGAGAGCAAGCAGAACAGACACUGAAACAGGCAGCUUCAACAGACAGUCUCAGGGUCCUAAAUGACUCUCUGACCCCAGAGAUAGAAGCUGACCGCAGUGGGGGCAGAACAGAUGCUGAAAGGACAAUACAAGGUUCACUAGAUGCCUAUGCCUAGCUCCCAAUCCGGUUUCCCAAGACCCCCUCAUCCCACACAAAAAGAUGGAAGACUUUAUUUGAAAACUACUGUCAUGUAUUGAAUUUUUCCUGCUGAAGAUACCUGUGCUAUGGUAAAGAACUUUGCAGUAAGACAUUCACCCAUAAGGAGUUCUGUGGAAACAAAGUGUUUUCAAGGCGACUUCCUCAACUUUAUUCAUCAAUGUCCUUCAAAAAUGUAAGGAAUUCUUCAAGAGUGUCCUCUCUUGGUUGUCUCCUGUGGCUCAACCUGGAGAUCUAGAGAAUGUUUGUAAAUGUACGGUAGCAUUCUUCUUACAGUAAAAAUCUUCAUCUGUGCACCAGACUAUUGUACCAAAAUUACAGGCAGGUCAGAACAAGGCUGAGUAUUCCCUCUUUCAAGGAACGCAAAUUCUGUCCUCCUCUGAUGAUUCUAUAUUUGAGCACAUCAAAUUAUCCUUCCAGCGGUGUCGAAGUACACUUAUGGACUAUUAUAUCAUAUUGAAACCAGCAUGACAACUCAGAAAUGAACUUGGAGAGGGCAUAAGAAGAUUCUUAUUAAGAAAAAGAAAAAAAAAAAAAGGAAAAAAAUGAAAAAAAAAUAUGAAAAAAAAUGAUACAAUCAGUUUUCAAACUAUGAUCAUGGGUUUUCUUCUAAAGACAUUUUUUCCACAUGCUUUCCAAGAGACCAACACAUGUAUGUUAGACUACAUUAAGUAAAAUGGAAUUUUGUGUAAGUGAAAAGAAAUGCUGAAUGUAAAGAAACUGUUUUACUGUUCACAAAGUCUCUUUUCCUAAAAUAAUUAAAAAAAUACAAUAAAAAGAGUAAUAAUUUCUCAUUGUAAACUGGCAGGGGUUUAUGAAAUAAAAUACUUUGCUUCUUAUUAAACUGUUGGUCACAUGUACAGUAUAUAACACAAAUCACACAAGGAAGGUAUUAUGUAUGCAGUAGAAAACUAGCGUUUAGGAAAUGAAAAUUUUAGAUAAUAUUGUUUUGUCACCCUGUUGGUCAGAAAGACAACUUUCUAGUUUUAACGCAUGCAGGCAUGUAAAUAUUUGUCCUGGAGUCACAGUAUUACUGAAUGAGAUCUUAAGCAUCUGGUAACAAGUCAGAAUUCUGUAUCAGCCACUUUUAUUUGUAUAUUGAGCCCUGGUUAGUGCCCUGAUUAGUGCACUUUUAAGAAUGGACUGUGGCUGAGCAGCAAGUCAAAAUGCCAGAAAUAUUUUUAUAUGUUAAUGUCAUAUUACGUAAAUGUUGCUAAAAAAAGAGAACCUAGCAAACACUUGAUGUAUCAGUCCAAUUCCACGUAGAACUGAGUGAUACAGUUGAAGUUUAUUGUCCCUCCCACCUUGAUGGGUGGUUAUGUGUUAUUUUCACUGUCGUUAUGAAAGCUACAAUAUGUGUUUUCACCUUUGUGCUGAUAACUGGAAGUAAACUGCAACACAAUGCUUAUUACAUUACUAAAAAUUAUGUUCUUUGCUUUGCAUACCUUUGGGUUACCCCUUUAAAGACUGAUUUUGUGAAUCAGUGCUAUUUCUGUAAGUUUUAUGAUUAUUCUUUCUUCAUCUUUAAUGUUUUAUGCAUAUAAAAUAUUAUUUAUUACAUGGAAACAUAUCAGAAUCUUAAAUGUCUGUGAUGCCUAACUUAAAGCAAAUAUUUCUUUAAAAAUGUUUCUGAUUGGAUAUUAAUAUUAUUUUG